AAAGAAAGUGUCGAAAUAUCUUUUAUUGCCAUUUAUCAUUAUUUAGAUAAAUGCCUUUAAUCUAUGGGCAGGCGCGACAACUCCUGCAACCUUGUUCCUGAAUUCCAAACGUUUUAGCGACCGAGCAUAAUUAUUACGUGUCAAGCCUAGUGACCCGGAUCAUUCAUCACAUUAUUCGGCCAUCUUUAACUGUUGUCACAUCACAAUCGCAAUCGACUACCAUCAGACAAAAUGCUUCCAAAAAAGAGACGUGCGACUACGUCAACCAGAACGACAAAGCAGUCGAAAGUCAGAAAAAUGCCUGAUUCGUCGUCUCGGCCCAGUAAAAGAGCUACGAGACCGGUAAAGGAAAAACAGCCCCCCAGGCCCAUUCCUGCAGCUUGUGCAACCACGCCACCGCAGCCCCUUGACGAGAGGGAAGGUUUUGUUAUCAACCCACAGCCGGGAGCGAGUGUGGUGGGUGCAUCAGGUAACAUUAUUGAUUUUGCUGGGCCCGACCCAGAUACUGAUAGCUUGUAUCAUUCCGAUAAUAAUUUCGCUGUAUCGGGUCAAAGUAGAUCUUGUGAAUUUAGUACGGGUCUUUCGUUUGGCGAACAGGUCCAGGUCAGUCGGCCUGUAUCAGAUGCAAGCAUCUUUGAUCCUAUAGGUAUGCAUGUGCCGCAGGCCAUUAAGUCAAAAAUAUGGGCAGGUCAAUACAUUGACUUGCCUCUAUUAUUGAAACAAGCACGUGACUUGCGCACCGAGCCCCAUGUUACGGGUGAACUGGUAAUAAGAAAUGGGCAAAUUACCAUAGAGAAACAACAACUCAAGACUAUUAAUAGCAUCCAUACAUGGACAACGGCGUUUAUGAUUUAUAUGUCCAUAUUUCUGGAAAAGUCUCCACACAAAGGCCAGGAACUACUCAAAUAUAUGCACAAUAUUCGCCUGGCAGCAAAUAGAUCGGGGCAUUCCGGGUGGGCCAAGUAUGACGAACAGUUCCGACUCAAAAAAGAGCGGCACCCCACCCUACCAUGGGGAGUAGUAGACUCCGAAUUAUGGGUUAUGCACAUUUCCUCCCCACAGUCUGCUCAGUCGAACCAAAUAUUUGACAGUGAGAAUAAGGCCCCUUUUCGUAACAACUUCAGUCGAAAACCACAAGCCACCCAGGGUCCUAACUCCCAGGGAGGGGGAUAUGGUUCCAAAGCCACUGCAGCAGCCAACAAUACAACUAAGGCCGCAGGCGUCUGUUUUGCGUUCAACAGGGGCUCCUGUUCCUUUAACCCCUGUAGGUUUCGACACCGGUGCUCAGCCUGUGGGGGACCCCACCCUCAAGCAAACUGUCCCCAGUAAUAAUCUCUAUAGCUUGGCAUGCACACCUAUUAAAUACUCCGAAUUAUGUAACGCACUUUUGUCAUAUCCCCAUUUAUCGGAUCAAAUUCAACUUAGGCACGGCUUUAAGUAUGGCUUCCCCUUGCACUAUGCAGGUCCUAGACUACACCGAGAAGCCAAGAACUUAAAAUCUGCACGCUUAGCACCCCAGUUAGUAGAGCAGAAGUUAAAUAAAGAAGUUAAGCUGGGCAGAAUGGCUGGUCCCUAUGACGCCAUUCCUUUUCCUACACUCAGAGUUUCUCCGGUCGGCCUCGUCCCCAAAAAAGAUGGCGAUCAACGCUUAAUUCACCAUCUGUCAUACCCUGAGUUUGAGUCGGUCAAUGAUUAUAUCGAUCCACACAUUUGUACGGUCAAAUAUAGUAACGUAGAUGAAGCUGUUCUUAUGAUUCAAAAAUUAGGCCAAGGGGCAUUGUUAGCAAAAUCCGACCUCAAGAGUGCCUUCCGUUUACUACCCAUAUACCCAGGCGACUUCGAUUUACUUGGCAUUAAAUCUAAUGGCAAAUAUUAUUACGAUAAGUGCUUACCCUUUGGUUCCAAGCUUUCGUGUGCACUUUUUAACAAAUUUAGCUCUUUCUUGCAUUGGCUUAUAACUAAGGAAUCCGGUAACCAUCACAUUAUCCACUAUCUGGAUGAUUUUUUAUUUGGAGGUAAAAAACAACAGGGUACAUGCGGAUACACAUUGCAAAUAUUUCACCAACAGUGUGAACAUUUAGGGGUUCCUAUAUCCCAGGAUAAGACUGUGGAGCCAACUACUUGCUUAGUUUUCUUAGGCAUUGAAUUUGAUACCAUUUCCAUGCAUAUGCGAUUACCACAGGAUAAACUCGUUGAGUUACGUCAAAAAAUUCAAUUCUGCAUUGAUACUAAGAAAAUCACACUCCGGGAACUCCAAUCAUUAAUCGGGUCGCUAAACUUCGCCUGUCAAGUAGUGGCCCCAGGCCGAGCCUUCAUCCGCAGACUAGUAGACGCCACUGUAGGUAUUAGGAAACCUAGCUUUAAAAUUAGAGUUUCUUCCGCUAUGAAGUUGGAUAUAGAAACUUGGUUGCUAUUCCUUCAGAACUACAACGGUAUUACAUUAUUUCCCCAUAGGCUAUGGUGCGCUAACGAAACCAUUAAUUUCUAUACAGACAGUGCGGGUGGUGAGUCUGGCGGUUUUGGUAUAUAUUUCGAAGGUAGAUGGGCCUUUGGCAGAUGGCCAAAACAGUGGGAUACGCUAGGUAGGUUUCAGGACUUAACUUUCUUGGAGAUGUUUCCUGUCGUCGCGGCCCUAACAGUUUGGGGGCCAUUACUGGCCAACAAACGGAUAUUAUUUCAUAUUGACAAUCAAGCAGUAGUUCACAUUAUAAACAAACAAACGUCCAAAUCCCAAGAUGUCAUGGUUCUGGUAAGGCGAUUCGUUCUUAAAACUAUGACUUUCAAUAUCAACUUUAGAGCUGAAUACAUACAUACUAAAUCAAAUGCUAUAGCGGAUUCAAUUUCUCGUUGCCAGUGGUCACGUUUUCGGACUUUAGCGCCGCAGGCAGAUCCGAUGCCUACCCCGCUUCCCCCAGAAAUUUGGCAAGUUUAAGCCAGGAGGCCAACAGAUUACUCCAGGCAUCGGUAGCUCCCAAAACCAGGCAGACCUAUAAUACAGCUUACGAAAUCUUCAAUCAGUUCAGGUAUCACCUUCAACUACCAGUAAUUUGGCCAGCCCCUUUAGAACAUAUUGUGCAAUUCUUGGCAUACUUGUCUCUCAAAGGCCGAUCCCCAUCUAGUUUGAGAACUUACAUAUCAGGCUUAUCACACAUUUUUAAAAUACAGGGCAUGGCGGACAAUACUAAAUCUUUUAUGGUCGCUAAGAUUUUGGAAGGAGCAAACCGACUGGCAGGGAAGCGGGAUAUUCGAGCUCCAAUCACGUACAAAAUUCUCCUUAAGAUCAUCACGGCACUAGUCAACGUCUGUUCAUCUAGUUAUGAAACGCUCCUAUUUCAGGCGGCCUUUAGUCUAGCAUUUUUUGGAUUCAUGCGAGUAGGUGAAUUAACCAUGCAAUCGCUUAAGAGUACUAGCCCAAGUACUUUGCAGCGUAGGGAUAUCGAAUUAGUCACACUAAAUGGCCAGCCCAAAGUUAAGCUCACAAUCCGGCAAUCCAAAACCGACCAGCUGGGCAAACCAUGUACUUUAUUUCUUUCAAAGACAGGUGAUGUGGCUUGCCCGGUGGCGGCUAUUAGCAAAUACUUAGCAAUAAGGAACCCCGCAUUACCACUAAAUAGUCCAUUCCUAAUACAUUUUGACGGUAAUCCCCUCACGCGUUAUCAGUUUGCUGCAUUGGUGGCUAAAGCGCUGAGUUUUUGUGAAAUUAGCACUGCAUGUUUCAAAUCACAUUCUUUUCGGAUUGGGGCUGCCACUGAGGCUGCCAUGAGGGGCAUUUCAGAUCAGACAAUCAAACAUUGGGGUAGGUGGAAAUCCAGUGCUUAUGCCACUUACAUUAGAUUUCCCGAACAUUAACUGCUGAUUUUUCACUGGUUCACUCACAGUACUAACGUACCUCAAGUUUUCUAGGUGUAAAGAAAACCAUAUGGGUGAUUGGCUCUUCCAUUGUGUACUGGGCUGCACACAGUGCCUUUAAACGUCCUGGAGGAAAACACUUGAACCUGCAACUCAACAACCUGUCCAUAGAAUGGUUCGGCACCAGGGGAAUGAAAUGGCAAGACUUCGACCCCUUGUUCGAAAGUAAACUAAAAACCAACCCCCCUCCUCAUUACUUAGUUGUUCACCUCGGUUCCAAUGACCUUGGGUUGGCCACUUCAUUGGAGCUAUUCCACUCCAUCAAAUGCUCAUUCUUGCGAUGCAAACUUUUAGCCCCCAACUUGUCUAUUAUAUGGUCAGAUAUGUUACCACGUCUUUAUUGGCACAAUGCCAGUGACGAAUCUAAAGUCGAGGCAGCUCGGAAGAAUAUCAAUCGUAAGGUUAAACAGUUUAUCAAACAAGAGGGAGGGUUUGUGAUUCGUUACCCUUCCAUUACAUUUGCGGACAAGCAGCUCUUCAGGUUCGACGGAACUCAUCUUAAUGAUUUGGGUAACUCUGCAUUCCUCAAUACCUUACAAGGGGGACUGGAAACCUUCCUGUUGUCCAAACACCACAUUAAAGUUUACCCUGAUGAUCUUGAAAUCCCAAAGUAAGUUAAACACCCCCCCCCCAUCCUCAUGUGAGCCCGUCAAUCUCUUAGGCAGCUUAAUUUUUAUACUUCUUCUAGAUAUCCUAAUUUCACAUAACGCUCUGUGGCAGGUGUGCUCGUAUAGACAAGCACAUUUGGCGGAAUUCGGGGAUUACCACAAAUGAAAAUUUCUCUCAUGUCUGGCUCAAAACUCUGGAGAAUCUAUUCUCAGUACUGAGGAGGAUUUGGGGCCACCUCAGUGGUACCUGUGGGACCGGCUUGACCCUUGCUGUACCAAGGGCAAGUCUUUGGGGUUUACCCCUGGGGGUCUUAACAAUGACCAAGGUGUGUACCAGGGGAGACAGGAUAGAGUUAGGGCCUGAGUCAGAACUGAAAUUAUCAUCGGACGUGGCAUUCACUCUUGUAAGGUGGUACCAAGAGGUCUGUUCCCACCACAGUUACCUGUGGGGGCGCUUUGUGCCAGUGUUAAAGGGAGGUAAUCCCUGGGUGCUUAGUGAUUCCCCGGGUUGACCGCAGGGAUAGUAUUUUCAUGUUAAAUGGAUUGUGCCAACACCUGCCACUAAAUUGUAUAUUGUCUAAUAAAUCUGCUAAAAUGUUGACUGCAUUAUGUAUAAUAAAUCUGGGUUUAAUUCAAUUUUGUUAAUCUUGUCUGCAUCUUGGAUUAAUUAAUAUUC